GGGAGGGAUGGUUAAGUGACAGAGCCGACCAAUAUCUGGUUGAUGGUAAAAAUCAUUGUCUGCUAUAUGUCUUCGCACUGUUGGCCUGAAUCCACGAGUACCUGGUGGAUAUUAGUUCGAUUCUAACGAAAUCAACCAGUUUGGUUUAUCAUAAAUUUUGGCAAAAGACCUUCCAAAUCCGAACCAAUAUAUCCACACGUAAUUUGAGCUUUGGGCUACAUCAUUUUUAUUAUUAUUUUUUUCCUUUUGACUUUGAUGACAGACAGAUAUGAGAAGCCACGCCAUUAGAUUAGAUUAGAUUAGAUUAAUAGCAAGGAAAGCAAAUAGAAAGUUUCUAUCUUUCCCCAACAUCCAAACUUCUUUUUUUCCAAACUGAAAACCCCUAAACCUCAACCUCAAACCCGCCCCAAUUUCCCUCCUUUCCGCUUUCACUUUCAGUCUCACUUCUCAGUACAAAACUAAAAUCUAAAAACACAACCUGCUAGCAAAGCAGCUUUUCUACUUUAGAGAUUGACUGCUCGACAUCGACACCACACCACAGCUCUCUCUCUCUCUCUUUCUCUCUCUUUCUCUGCUGCCCCGAUCUCCGGUCAGUUACUCUUUUUAACUUUCUCUCUCCAUACCAAAACUCGGGAAUCUCUUAAUUCUGAUCUCCACAACUUUUUCACCCUGUUUCAUAGGGAAAAAAAAAACAAAGAAAAAGUAUGAGCAAAAAUUUGAAAUUUUAUAUGGAAAAUUUGAAUAGCGUAUAAUUUUAUCCAUUCAAGUAGUUUGGCUAUGGAUUUUGAGCCCCUUAACAUUGAAAAUGAGGUGGUGAUGGAAUUUGAAAUGGUUGGUUCUGGCGAAGCCCUAGACUUGGAACACGAGGAUGAUAACUAUGAAGAUUUCAAUGAUGAUUUGGUGGAGGGCUCUGAUUCAGCAGCUAGGGCUCGUGAUUACUAUGAAGAUCCAAAUCUUGAACCUUUUGAAGGGAUGGAAUUCGACUCCGAACAGGCCGCCCGAAUUUUCUACAAUUCUUAUGCACGGCGAAUAGGUUUCAGCACUCGGGUCAGUGUAUACCAGCGCUCACGCCGUGACGGAUCAAUCAUUUGCCGCCAAAUAGUGUGCUCUCGUGAGGGAUUUCGCCGCCGUGACGAAGCCGCUGAGAAUAGGUCCAAGCGCCAGCGUACCAUCACUAGAGUUGGUUGUAAAGCUCAGAUGACUGUGAAAAAGCAGACUUCUGGCAAGUGGGCUGUGUCCAAACUAGUGAAGGAACAUAAUCAUGAGCUGGUCCCACCGGACAAGGUACAUUGCCUCCGGUCACACCGCCAUGUAUCAGGUCCUGCUCGAAGCCUGAUUGAUACCCUUCAAGCCGCUGGGAUGGGUCCUAGUGGAGUUAUGUCUGUGUUGAUCAAGGAAUCCGGCGGAAUCAAUAAUGUUGGUUUUACCAAAGUUGAUUGCCAGAAUUAUAUGAGUAGCAGUAGGCAGAGAACUCUUGGUGGUGGGGGUCAGCUUGUCUUUGACUACUUGAAGCGGAUGCAGGAUGAGGAUCCUGGGUUCUUUUGUUCUAUCCAGGGUGAUUUCGAGAACUCGACUGGAAACAUCUUCUGGGCUGACGCAAAUUCAAGAUUGAAUUACAGAUACUUUGGAGACACUGUUACAUUCGACACAACAUACAGGACUAACCGUUACCGGGUCCCAUUUGCCCCAUUUACAGGGUGGAACCAUCAUGGGCAGCCUGUAUUGUUUGGAUGUGCAUUGCUCCUUAAUGAGUCGGAGUCUUCGUUUGUUUGGCUGUUCCAGACUUGGCUAGCUGCAAUGUCCGGUCGCCAUCCCAUCUCAAUCACGACAGACCAAGAUAGGAUCAUACGUGCUGCUGUGGUGCAGGUAUUCUCUGGAACUCGCCACCGAUUUUGUAAAUGGAACGUGUUUAGAGAGGCCCAGGAGAAAUUGUCUGAUGUAUAUCACUUGCACCCGAGUUUUGAAGCUGAGUUCCUGAGGUGCAUCAAUAUGACUGAGACAAUUGAUGAUUUUGAGUCAUGUUGGGAGUCCCUUCUGCAAAGAUACAAUCUGGUUGAAAAUGAAUGGCUUCAGUCAAUGUAUAAUGUCCGCCAGCAAUGGGUACCAGUUUAUCUUCGUGAUACAUUCUUUGGGGAGAUGUCCAUAACCCAGGGCAAUGAUAACAUAAAUUCUUACUUUGAUGGGUAUAUAAAUGCAUCGACUAAUGUUCACGUGCUGAUAAAGCAGUAUGAAAAAGCAAUUGCCACUCGCUAUGAAAAGGAAGUAAAGGCUGACUAUAUUACAAUGAAUACCACUCCAGUUCUGAAAACACCAUCUCCUAUGGAAAAACAAGCUGCAAAGCUUUAUACAAAGAUAAUAUUCAUGAAAUUCCAAGAGGAACUAGUUGAAACUCUUGCAUAUCCUGCAACUAUUGUUGAUGAUAGGCGAUCAGAAAUCAUAUAUAGGGUGGCAAAAUUUGGUGAAGACAACAAAGCACAUUUUGUUAAGUUCAAUGUUUUUGAAAAGAAAGCUAGUUGUAGCUGCCAAAUGUUUGAGUUUUCAGGAAUUAUUUGUAGACACAUAUUAGCAGUGUUUAGAGUAACCAACGUUCUUACUCUUCCACCCCAUUAUAUAUUGAAACGGUGGACAAGAAAUGCCAAAAGUGGGUUUCUAUUAGAUGGGCAUGCUCUUGGGUUGCCUAGUAAUUCUCAAGAUUCAUCUGCUGCUCGCUAUGAAAAUUUGCGCCGCGAAGCUAUUAAAUUUGUUGAAGAAGGGGCUGAGUCAAUGCGUAUUUAUAACGUAGCAGUGCAUGCUCUUCAUGAGGCUGCAAAGAAAGUUGCUAAUGCAAAAAGGCAUGGUCUUGGGGUCUCUAGAGAUACUUCCAAUAAUGGCAACCAGCGGCUUCAGUCUUGCUCACUGGAGGAUCAGGACAAGAGAAUAGAGGAACUGAAUGCUGAACUGGAAAACGCAAGUCAGAGAUGUGAAGCAUACAGAGCGAAGCUACUUUCAGUUUUGAAGGACAUGGAAGAACGCAAGUUAAAGAUAUCAGUCAACGUUCAGAAUGUGAGGUUGAACCUUAAAACUUAGACGCAGAGGGAGUGGCAAUGUCGGGAUUUCCACCAGUAUAGAUCAUCAUCAUAUAGAUUUUGCCAGUGUAAGGUCGCUUGUAUUGUAAACUUGUGCAGAGCUCAUGUAACAGUAAUUCAAUGUUUGUAUCCAUAGAAAGAAAUAGGCUUUUUUGUUUUUAUUUAUUUAUUAUUAUUAUUAUUAUUAUUAUUAUUUCCUUCUUACUGUAAAAAUAGGCUUGGAAUAAUUUUUGAUGUUGUUGAAUUGGUUUAUCAUCAUUUUCGGUCUUUAGCCUAUGUGUAGUUGAACUUUUACCAAUAAUAUAAAGGAGAUCCCAAUCAACUCAGGAUACAACUCUUUACUCUUAA